CCAAAGAUUUUCUUCUCCCAACCUACCCAUCUCCAAUCCCUAAAAUCAAAACCUACAGAUUGCAAAUCAAACACGCAAUGACUUUGGGAGGACCAGCUCCGCUUGAGGCACAGCUUGGACCAAGGAAAGGGAGGGUUUUUGAAGCACAAUAAUGCCUCCGACAGUGGCGGUAACCGGCCGCUUCCGAGACGACGACCUCGAUGGCAGAGUUACCACCAACUAUAUAUGGAGACUAUUUCUCAUCCUCCUCCCCAGCCAUGGUGUAACAAUAGUGUCGGAUUCUUGAAAUUGACAUCACUGGGUGGCUUCUCCACCGACUCAAUUGGCUAGUUAUCGACCCUACUCCAUAUCCCUCCUCUUCCUCAACCAAAAACCAGCGAUCUGGAUCGCCGUUCAACAUGAACCUCUGCUCCAAGUGCUACAGGGAAAUACGUGUCUCCAAGGAGCAGGCGGCAUCGGCCAAGGCCGCCAUGGAGAUGACCCUCAGCUUCAAAUCGAAGAAGCCCGUCUCCGAGGUUGGAUCAAUCGCAGCAGACAUCAAAUCUGUCGCGGCGGCGGAGGCAAAACUUGUAAUUGCUCUGGCGAAAUCAUCUGCGGCGGCGGCGGCGGCGUCAUCGUCGGAAGUGGCGGUUGCGGUGGCGGCGAAAAUAUGGAGGAGAUUGUUGGGUGGGGGUUUGGAAAACAGGGGGAGGGAGCAGCAGAGGAGGAAGGGGAAGAAUCGGCGGUGGAAGGAAUGGGAAAGGACGACAUAGUGGGGAGAGAGGAUGAGAAAAUAAAUUAUAAUUUUUAUU